AUGGUGGACAACUAUUUGUAUCAGUUCAUAUUCAUACACUUCCUUUUUCUUCUCUCGUUGUUCUUUGUUUUACUCACUGUUUCUCUGUCUUCUCAGCAGCCACUUUGUCUCGAAGAUGAGAAAUCAGCCUUGUUGCAAUUCAAGGAUGGUUUUAUCAUUGACUGCUCUGCUUCUUUUGAUCCUUCUGCUUAUCCUAAGGUUGCAUCAUGGGCUCUAAAAGAAGGGAGCAAUGAUUGCUGCUCAUGGGAUGGGGUUGAGUGCAAUGAGGACAAAGGUCAUGUGAUCGGCCUUGAUCUCAGUAGCAGCUGUCUCUGUGGUUCUAUCAACUCUACCAGCGGCCUCUUCCGCCUUCUUCAUCUUCAAAGGCUUAAUUUUGCUGAUAAUGACUUCUACGGCUCUCAAAUCCCAUUUGGAGUUGGCAAUCUUUCGAGGUUAACCUAUCUCAACCUUUCUGAUUCCUUUUUUUCUGGACAAAUGCCUAAAAGCCUGGCAAAUUUAUCUUCUUUGGCAACUUUGGAUCUACAAUACUCCUUGUUACAUGGAGAAGUUCCAGCCGAAAUUUUUUUUCUACCAAAUCUACAGUUUCUUAGUGUAGCAUACAAUGAAAAUCUCAUUGGUCAUUUGCCCGAAUUUCACUCCAACAGUUCUCUUAAGGUUUUAACACUCAGGGACACCCGUUUUUAUGGUAAACUACCAGCUUCAAUUGGAAAGCUAAUUUCUUUAUAUUUUUUAGAUUUUCGGAAAUGCCUUUUCUCUGGAUCUAUCCCACCUUCACUGAGUAAUCUCACUCAACUCACUGAUCUGGAUCUGUCAGAGAACAAUCUUACAGGUCACAUCCCUUCUUCCUUGUUAACUAGCAUGACUCAACUAAUUUAUCUGGACCUCUCAUUUAAUAAAUUGGUUGGGGUGCUAGAGUUUGACAUGUUUCUUAAGAUGAAAAGUUUAAGUGCGCUUAUUCUAUCAUCCAACAAUUUGACAUUGUUGACCAAGGCCAAUUCAAAUGAUACUCUUCCACAGUUUCACACUCUAGGACCUUUACGGAAGUUUAUCUGGACCUUUACGGAAGUUUCCAGAUUUCUUACGUAA